AUGUCAGAAAAUAAUACAACAGUUCAAGGCCAGCUAGAUGAGGCACGUAAGGCUCUUAAAAAUGGGAAUUUUAACAAGGCCGAAAACAUAUUAUGGGUUAUCGUCAACAGUAAUGCAAAAGCGUUAGGACUGGAAUCUGUCUCAAAGCAUGAACAGCUUGUGGAGUGUCAGAAGAAUUCGAUCAUGGAAUUGGGUCAGCUUUAUCAUGAUCAAAAGAAUACGGAAAAGCUUCUUAAGUUGAUCUCUUCUGCUAGGGAUAUCAUGAAAAACGCAUUUGCCAAAUCUAAAACCACUAGAGUUAUUAAAGAUUUAAUUGAUUUUGUUGAUGAUUUGGGGACUGAUAAUGCUACUGAUUUAACCAUUCAGGUUACAAAGGAGUCAAUUGAAUGGGCCAUUGAACAGAAAAGAACCUUUCUCCGGCAAUCGUUGCAGGUCCGACUUUCCGGACUAUAUUACAAGAAAAAAAGUCACCAAAAUGCGUUGACCCUUAUAAAUAAGCUUGUUAAAGAAUUUAGAAAGUUGGAUGAUAAGAGCUCGCUUGUCGAAGUUCAGUUAUUGGAGGCGAAGACAUAUUUCCAGUUGAAGAACUUUGCUAAAGCAAGAGCUUCAUUGACAUCGGCAAGAACGUCGGCUAAUGCCAUUUAUUGUCCAAGUAAUAUCCAGGCAGAGCUGGAUUUUAUGAGUGGUAUUUUACAUGCGGAAGACAAGGAUUUCAAGACUGCUUAUUCAUAUUUCUACGAAUCUUUUGAGAAUUAUCAAAUCCAUGAGUCUUCGGAGAAGAAUGACGCACUUUUAAUAAGAGUUUUAAAAUGUAUGCUUCUUUGCAAAAUAAUGUUGGGAUCGAUCGAUGAAGUUAAUAAGAUUUUGAAGAACAAAAAUUGCACGGAAUAUGUUGGAAAUAAAGAAAUUGAUGCUAUGAAAGCAGUUUCCGUUGCACACUCACACAGAUCGUUGAAGGAGCUUGAAGAUUGUUUAAAGACUUACAACAAAGAGCUUACACAGGAUGUAAUUAUCAGAUCACAUUUAUCUGAUUUAUAUGACUCUUUGUUUGAGCAGAAUUUGCUUAAGUUGAUUGAACCUUAUUCAUGCAUCGAAAUUAGCCACAUUUGCUCCAUAAUUGGGUUGCCUAAAAACGUAAUUGAGUCCAAGUUGAGCAACAUGAUUUUGGAUAAGGUCUUUUACGGGGUAUUAGACCAGGGAAAUGGUUACUUGAUUGUCUAUGAUGAACCUAAGAAGGAUGAAACUUAUGAUCUAAGCUUAGAUAUUAUAGGGCAAAUGUCACACGUCAUCGAUCUCUUAUAUGAUAAGGCUUCUUCCCUUGACUGA